AUGUCAAUGCAAAAUGCAUCCUGCGAGACGUCGAAUGAUUGCCCAAAUCAUGGAGAUGUUCUUGCGCCGUCACAAACCAAAUGCUACGGGAAGAAGGGCGGAAAUGGAACGCUGGAUGUACUAUACUUGGAAGAAUCUUCUUUCCAUUCAAACGUAUUCCGACCUCUUGAGGACCCUGUGGUUUCGCAUGAAAUAAAUUCGCAACAAUCAUGUUGGAACGUGCUGGACGCUUUCGGCCUAGCAGAGCAGACAGAGCAGCCAAAGCAGGCGGUCCACAUCAUUCUGUUGAAGAACCUAUCUUAG